AAUCAAAUUGAUUUGGUUCGUUUAAGUUAUGUUCAAUCAAUUUCAUUUGGGUUGUCCAGCUUCGCUCCCCAAUCCAUCAACGAUGUUAAACAUAAAGAGUGGAUGACGGGUUGGAGGCGCGGAGGACAGGGUUGAGGCGUGGAUGGAGGUUGCGACGUCGCAAAGGAGACGAGGGAUGUUGAGAUUGUGAUGGAGGAGAGUGAGAUCGUGAGGGAGAUCAGGACUCUAGGAAGGUAAAGGUCGUUCAUAAGGAGGAAGAUAACCUUAGACGACAUAAUUUCCAAUUGUUUCGUAACAAAAAGGAAGUCAAGAAGUAAGACGAUGAUUUGUUGGAGGGAUUUGUUAUAAACGCUUCAAAAAUAUUAUCAUAAAUGAUGAUAUUUCAUUAUCUCAUUGCUGCUUAAUCAUCCCACCAAUAAUUUGAUUCAUCAUCCAAUAUACGAACAUAUAUACUAGUAAUUAAGUAGGGAUUAUACUCACAGCAUGAUCAUAAAUAUCAAACUUAAUGCUUUAGCUAGGUUAAUCUUCAUAAUUAAACACUUUGAUUAGCAUUUGCUCAUGAUGUUGCUUAAUUAGUGGAGCAAGUGAGCUUUUCGGCAACAACUCCUGUUCCUCUAUUCAUCUCCCAAUUAAAAACAACAUUAAAACUAACACAUUAAUUAAUCACUGCAUAUCCCUAUAUAAACCCCAUCCCAGCAUUCCCUUGAUCACGAAAAACUAAUUCCAUAACAUGGACUCUAAAAAGAAUGGUGAAACAGUAGCAAUCAGUACCGAUGAGAAGGCGAAUUACGGUGCAGAAGGCAAGACUGCUGAAGUUGCUCCUCCUCCUGCUGUGGUCACCACAAAAGCUACCAAAAUCCAGAAUAUGGGAGGAGGAUGGAGAAAGGGUUUGGCAAUCAUAGACUUUGUGCUGCAGCUUGGUGCCGGUUCAGCUGCUCUUGCUGCUGCUUACAUUACGGGGAAUACCGAACAGAUUCUUCCCUUCUUCACGCAGUUCUUCCAGUUCCAUGCUCAGGAUAAUGAUCUUCCAACUUUGACGUACGAAACAUAUAUAUACGCUUAGUUUAAAUUUUGAAAUUUUCUUUUGAGCAAACAAAUUAGUAGUGUGUUUGAUUAGGGUUUUGAUGGAUUCCUUGAUAUAUAUGGGCAGGUUUUUUGUGGCUGCGAAUGCAGUAGCUGUGGGAUACAUAUAUAGCCCUCUCCUUGCCCUUCUCUAUAAUCUGCAUUAUUCGACCUCAUGCAAUAGGGCUAAGGCUACUGCUCGUUAUCCUUGACACAGUAAUAUGACUAACAAAUUCUACUAUUCCAUACCCACAUGGCAUACUGAUGAGUCCCCUUUUUUAUUUCUUUGUUGUGAUUGACGAGUGUAUAUUCGUUCAAAUUGUAACACGUGUCAAAUAUUGUUAGUAUUUAAAUUUUUUAAAUCUAAAUCUGAGACUAAUUAGUAUACGCAUAGUAAUCUGAGUUGAUUACACACUAUAUAUACACUACAUCAACAUGUCACGUGAUUCAUCCUUUUAAACCUAACUAAU